UUUGACCGCUCAGUAGUUGCGUCAUAUUGCACGGAGAAGUAGAAGUUGUUUGUUUAUUGAUGCAUUAUGGCAGAUGUGCCAGAACGGUCUUUAAAUUUCCUGCGCUGUGAGUGACGCAUGUUUGUUGUGACAGGCGUCGCAGGUUCUUAGCUUCUGUGCGGCGUCACGUUCGGCAAUUUGGUGUUUGUCUCAAGGAAUCGAGAGAAAAUCGUUCUGGAUGUUUUGCCUCAGUGUCUUCAUUAUUUUCUAUUAUCUGCUGUCCAUCAUAUCCAUGGUGAAAUAUUAUUCACCAGUCUUUCUCGAGGGGAUGAAAUCAGGCAGAGCUAGAUAAGACUGAUCGGAAGAGAAGUCCAUUGGAAUGGAAUUUUCUUGAGGACAAAUGUGGUGCAGUACUUCGCACCUCCAUUUUCAGUUAACUUGAAUGGACAGCCUGAUGCCAUUAUGCUGCUUGAGAUACUUCUCAUAUUUGGUUUAAGUAUUUGGAAUGGCUCACAUGCACAUUUAGAGCAUCCAGAAUUGUGUGUGGUGAGUUCUUUGGAAACACCGUAUUUCACUCCCUGGCUUGAAACUCCUCGCAAGGCACGUGGCUGUUGGGCGACUCCGCAUGCUUCCAGUGUAGCUGAGGUUCACGUACUAGUGUUACGAGGUCCACGUGUUUCCCCUUGGGUGAGUCUUGAUGUCCUAGGAUCUGGUUUGAGGAACAGUCUUGUUCUGGUUCUCACAUCAGCCCAUGCUGUUAACUGGAAGAUAACUACAAGGCUUCCUAAUGGAGUUACAGUGCCACAUGUUAUGGUAUCUAAUGGAUCUACACUGGAGUCACAUACUGAGCUCAACACUUCACAACACUGGUGGCGAAACAGAAGAGCUCUGCAGAGAUAUUUACACCAUCAGUUUAAGGAUCUAGCUUCCUAUACAGAAGUACAAGGUGCAAACAGAAUUGAGCUUACUGUGGGUUUGUCGUGGCCAGAGGAAUAUUGCGACAUGCAAUCGUUGUCUGAAAGCCGUGUUGUUUCUGCUUCACGGGCUGUACAAAUUAGAACGGAGGGCUGCUUUCACAAAAACUACAUUGGAGACAAUCCCAUGGAUGUAUAUGUGGUGGAAAUGGAUGCUGGUCCAAGAAGCAAUGGAAGAGAUGAACGUGCAGAUCGAGCUUCACUGCCAGUAGUCCUAGUACAUCUUCAUGAAGGUGGAGAUAGUGGAGAUACACUGCUAACUGAAUUACACAAUCUGACUUUGGUACUGAAGAGCAGCCAGCCUGUUCGAUGGAGAUUUGGUCACACACCUCGUAACACUGGAAAAAUUGUUAUUGUGAGUAAUGAAGGUGAUCAAGUUGAGAAUGAAGAUCAUCCUGGCCUGAGUGUCCGGUGGGAAAGGCUACCUGACAGACUGGAUACUCUUCUUUUGGCUAUCACUAAAGAAUUUGGUGUCCCACCAGUGUUGUAUGCAAGAACUGGAAGGGCAUCUACAUUAAAUCUAAUUGUUGGUACUUGUACCAGUAAUGGUUGUGCUGGUGACUCAAUGAAAGUAAUACCUGUGGCUGAAACCAGUGAUGUGUUUCACCUGGAUGGGUGGAAAGUUACUGAGGAUACUCUUGGUGUAAUGCAACAACAACCUGUGUCCAGUGAUAGGAGUACUGCUCAUAAUUUAAAGAUAGACGAAAUCAGAGAAGAAAUUUUGGCACGGUUGAAGAAAGCAAUGAUCGUGAACUGCAGUGAAAAACGUUUCACCAUUACCUUUCCGUUGUCAGUAGUGAAACAGCUUGGUUCCCCACAACUGAGCUUCAGUGAUCGCAGCUGUAUUGGAGUCCCCAACAGUACGCAUGUGACACUUACCAGUCCUUUAACAUCAUGUGGUAGCACAAGUGCAAUAGACCGUGGCCUCACCGCUUUUUACAAUUAUAUUCAAGUCCAGCCAGCUGGCAUUGAAGAAACAAGUGAAGACAAGGAAUUUUAUGGUGAUUUAGCAGAAAGUGAGGGAAUUCCUAUUGUCUGCAAAAAUCAACCGUACUACAUUGGUGGUAAAGUAGAUGCGUCAGACAGCAGUACAUUUGAUAUGGUGGAACAUAAUGGUGUCAGACACAAAAGUCUUUACAACAUGGACCUGUUCAGAGAUAAGGAGUUAAACCAGCAACUCCACUUUGAUCCUCUUAAUGUUCAAAUAGAAGAAGUUAGAUAUGGUGAACAAAUUUUUGUGCGAGCUUGGAUGGAAGGAGGUGGGACCAAAGUUCAGCUGGUUACUGAGAACUGUUGGCUGACAAAUUCUUCCGAUCCGAAAAGCAAAAUACAGAAGUUUCUUCUUCGUAAUGCAUGCCCUGUUGACUCAUCAGUCAGCUUACUGCAGCAGCAUGGAAGCUUCAGUUUUAAAACAAGCCCUGAAUAUGUAGAAGUGGGUGUUGUGUAUAUGCACUGUCGUAUUGGUAUGUGCACCUAUUUGGAGUCCCUUACCAAAGGAAACUUGGCAUUGUGUGUCAACAGAACACAGCAUUGCUCAAAGCCAAGGUCCCAGCCACUUGUGAAUCAGACGACAGUGUCGACAGCUCAGCAGAUAGUUACCCGUGGGCCACUGAAGUUUGUACCCAAUUUUCUGACACAUGUAAAGAGUAUUGCAGCUAUCCCUUCCCCAACUUCUGCUGAAGCAGUGUUCCCACAUGUUGUUGAUAUGAGCACAACUUGUGUGUCCAUACAAGCUACUGUGGGGAUUGCUCUGACAUCUUUUGUGAUUGGUAUUGUACUGAUGAUAAUCAUUUGGUUCAUCCAUGUGAAAACUGAUCCAUUGCGGCAUCACAGAACAAAACAAGUUCAUCAGACUGGAGGAAUAACCACAGGAAAUAUUAGUGCAGGUGGCACUGUUUUCAAUGUACCCCCAAACAGUGUUGGGUCAAGUGCUAAUUUAUGAUAUGCUACAUGUGGUUCUCCAGUAAUGUGGGCACGGUUGUGAGUGAGCAUUGUUGUGACAAGAUGCAGCUUUUAUUAUUGCACCCAGGAUGCAGUUACUGUUGUACGAAAGAAAUGAUUGCAGUUGUGAAUCUAUUCACUUGUGAGCCGUGUUGAAGAAACUGAAAUGUGUAUGAAACCAAGUGUUGAGUUCCUAUUUGAACUGCAGUGUUUAACCUUUAUCAUCGCCACCACCAGCAACAAAAGUACCGUACGUUAAAGUAUACCUCAUACAGAAGAAAUGAGUUGGCUUCAAACAAAAAUAAAUGGAUGCACAUCAAAUAAAGACACUCUUAAUGAUUCAGUGGUGCAGUAUCAGUAUGCGUGGUAGUGAUUUUUUUUAUUCGCUCUUUGCCUCCAUAUAACACCAUUAGUGUUUCAAAAUGGAACAGAAUCUUCACUUGCUCAAAUCAUUUUUGCAGUUUACUGAUAGAUUUGCUCCAAUAUUAUGAGUAUUUCUAUCACAUGUGAGAGUAACCUUUAACCUGCAAGGCAGAAUUGGAACUAUUUUUAUAUUCUGGGCCUUACUAGAAAACAUUUAUGGAAAAAAGACAUAUUUGCAAAUAAAAGUGACUUAUGGUGUUGAACUGCAUUUGGAAUACAGACAAGUGUGAUCAUUAUUGAUAUUUUUGGUAUUGAUCAAGGUUUUUGCAUAUCAUGUUGCAACAUUCUACCUUGAAGUAGCAACGUGCAUGCAAUCACAGCCCCACUUGUGAGCUGUGUGUUGUCUGUCCCCUGAAUGUGCAUACAACAUACGUUUCACCUUUUUAAUGUUACAUAGAAUCAAAACACUUUUUCUGAGGAUGUGUGUGUUUUUAGGUAUUUAUUAUGUCAGAUCUGUUAGUAUCACAGUAUAACAUUCACAUGUACAAAAUAAGCAAAUGUCUAUCCUAAUCAACUAAAAUAAAAUUGACGGGUAUUUUUGAGGCCAUAAAUGGCUACAGUUGUGUGUAAUCAGAAAUCGUGUCAUCAUGGUUUCUAGUAUUUGAUUUGUUUCUGUAAAGAAAGCUUUAAGAUUUUUCAGUAUCUGACUGUGUUAAUGUUAACUGAAGCAACCUUCACAUUUAGUUUUCUAGUGUGUUUGGUUCCCUUUAAUGUAAUUACACAACUUUGGAGGUUCACUUUACCUUAUAAAGUGCUUAUUUUAUGUUAAUAAAUAUUUGUAUGUGUUUUUGUCAUUUUAUUAGAAAGGGCAACAAACCAAGAAACUGUUGUAGGGUACCUGUCUUUGUAUACAGUUGUUGAAAAUCAUAAUCAGGAAGUACAUUUACCUCAGUUUUGUCAUUUGCUCAAUAUUUAUAUAUGUGCUUACCACGUACUGACACAAACAUUGUGAAUAGUUGUUAAAUCUGAGAUUGCAUGAUGUUCCUAUUCAUUUUAAGUUCCUUAGCAGUAGAUUUUUUUACCCUAACGCAAGCUGUCAGUUGAAGAGCUAUGGUAUAUGUAAUGUUAUUAUAUUUAUUGUAUAGUGCAUUUCAUUGACACUGUUUACAUUACUGUAAUACGGGAGUAGUUCAUUUACAUUAUAUUUGUAUACUCAUUUACCACAAUGUGACUUAAGUAAAAUGAUAAUGUUGUUGUGUUGAUAAUUCAGAGUAUGAGAACCAAUGGAAAGCUAUCAAUUUACCAAAAACCCUAUGUGCACAACCACAACCAUUUGCUCUCAAGUGAUGAGCUAUAUACUUUUCCAUUUAUACCACUGUUCAGGAGAGGUCUUUUUUCCUGCAUAUUUUAAAAACAUGGUCCUGUAGCUGCUGACCCCCAUAUCUGUACAACUUAAAAUGAUGUGGUUGUUGGUUUCUGUUCACUGUAGUUUGUUUAUUACAUAACAUACUUGAUGCAAAUUACUCAUUUUAUUGUUUCUGUCAUUAUUUUUAAAAUCUUAGAUUGAUGUAAUUAGCCAUUUCGUCUAAUCCUAAAUGAUGUCAUGUGAGCAGAACAUUUACUUUAGACAAGUACUUUAUUUUGCAUAUUAACACAUCAAUACAUUAACUACUGUGCCCUUGCUGUUAACUGGUGGCGGUAAUUUUAAUGUUCAUUUGGUGUGGGAAUGUGGAGUCCUAUAUGAAUUGCUCUUUCACAAAAUCAACUGUAAUUAAAAAAAAAUCCUUUUUUCUCCAAAUGUACUAUGAAAUUUAUCUUUAUUUUAUUAAAAUCCACAUGACUCUCUCUCUCUUUCUCUGCAAUACAUUCCAAGCAACAAAUAUAUUCUCUUGUCUUAGAAAGGGUAUUUCUGUGUUAACAGUUUCUCCAUAUCAGCUGGAGCAAAGGUUGGAAAGGAUGUUUUUUUAAAAGGACAUUCUCAAUUUCCUCCUACUCUCUCAUCCUAAUAUUCUUUCUUUCUGUUGACAAAUUAAUACUGCCAGUUACCAACAUAUUUAUCAAAGAAAUGUAUUUUAUCGAUGAAACUGUACGUGACAAAUAGUGUUCUGGUUUUUGCCAAUCAAAACAAUUACAGCCCAUAGGCUUAUGCCCCCAGCUCCCGCCCCUGCUCUCUGGGAAGAUUAAUAGACAGUUGCAGCAGUGAAUCCUCUGGUCUUGAUGCCCAAAACUGGUUGUACUACUUGUAACACUUGCUUUUGAAUUGUGUAAUCCCUGCCUCCCCCAUCCCACCUCUUUUGUUACAAGAUGUAAACUGUGUUUUGCUUCUGGGUACUUGACAUGUGGUGUAAUAUGUUUUCUCAUAUUUAACCUGUUCUUUGAUAGACUUAUACUGUACGAUGUUUCAAAUGGUUACAGUCUUUAUUUUUUUCAACUUGAAUGUUUCCCACACUUCACUUUCACAUUGUGCUGUUUCCCAGGAGCACUGUUGUAGAACAUCUUUUGCAAUUGUUGCCCAUUAUUUGACAUUCCCAUCUCCUGCAAAAUCAUAUCUACUUGCAAUGGCCUGCUUUCUGUGGCAAGCUUUUCUCAGUCACUUUACAAAAAGUUGUAAAUAACUCGCACGGUGCUUUCACUUCUGUUGUAUAUUUGCUGUGUAAUGAUUUUUUGUUAUAAACUUUGCUAAUGUACAAAGCCUUCAUUUAUGCAAUUCUUGAGAAGUGCUAAUUAGUUGUUUCACAAAAUGAUGCAGUUGGUUGGUGUUCCUGGCCGAACUGAAUUCUCAGAGCUCCAUGAAUUAACAGACUUGCCCCUGUGAAAUAUGAAUUAACUUAUAUUUAACAACAAAUAAAAUUCCUGUUCUCUCAAGGCUUGCCUUUCACAUUUUAUAACUACUGCAGCUAUUUGGGAUUUUAAGUCCAUAUGUGACUAUAAGCAUAUGUGGGAUUUUGACUCUGCCUUAAUGCAAAACACUUUUGUUAUUUAUUUAUUUAUUCCCAAACUAGUUUUAGCGAUAACUAUCGCCAUCACCAGUGAGUUCUUUGGUUCUAGAACAUGCGGAAGUAGCAUUCUUAUAAAACAUUGUAAAACAUUACUACAUGUGUUAUGCUUGGUUCAAAAUAUUGUUUUCUGCUACUCAUUUCAGACUAACUUAUUUACUAUAAGUCACAGCAUAUUUUUAUGAUUGUUGCUUCUGUUUCCAGCAUAUUUGCUGUAUUUCUUUGCCGUUUUUCUCGGCGUACGAGUGGUAUUAGUGGCUAUUAGGAAACAAGUACAAAAAUUUGAACUUAUGUAUGUCAUUGUUAUACAGUUGGGAUUGCGGUGGUGUUGUGGAAAUUGUUUUGGUGUGUACUAGGUUUUUAUGUAGUUUGUCAUGUACUUACAUUUGUUGGACAGCUUGCACCUACUUUUAGACAAAGAAAAACAUAAUGUUCGCACCUUGUUCAUAAUCCAAAACAUUACACAAUCGUGCUGUUUGCAUGUGUCACUAGAAAUGCAUCGUAUAUUGUGAGAAGGUUAUGAAAAUUGUAGCAGGAGUUCUGACGACUUCUGUUCCUUAUUUAUUUCUCUCUGUGUGUGUGAAGGAGGGGUGUGUAUGUUUUUCCUGUUCUGUGUUCUCUGCCAAAUCUCUUAGAGCAGUAUAGUGUGUUGUGACAAAGUGUUGUGUUUUCAUUUAUCACAUUUUUCCCUCGCACUGUAGCCUUUUGCAUCUAAUAAUUUUCUUCUAUUGUUAGUUUUCUGUAUUAACUGUUGCUGUGUUUCACUGUGUUUCAGGAUGUAUAGAUCACUUUUGAUAUUAGUUUGGUUGUGGAUUUGUUCAUUAGGUGUUCUUGAGAGGUCUUAUGUGCUAUCUGUACUUUUUUGGAAGUUUUUGCUUGUUUGUCCUAUGUACUGGGUCUGACAGGAGUUACACAUGAGUUGGUAUAUUCCAGCACUGCUGAAUUUGUCAGGAUUCUUUUGCCUGGUCUUAGCCUUUGUUGAACUGUGUCGUUUAUUCUGAAUAUUAUUGGGUUCCCAAAUGUGUACCAUCUGUUUCUUUUUCCUGAUGUGGUGUGGUGCGGUGUGGUGUGGUGUGGUGCGUUGUCAGUGUGUUCUGCCUCUGUGUUUUCAGACUCUUUGGUUGUGCUCUUGAGUGGGUUGCCAGUAUUAUUAUCUUUUAUUUUUAUCUUGUUGUUGAGCUUGUUUGUUAUGUCUGUUUAUACUCUUUCAACAGCAGUUUGUUUGAUUAUAUUUAAUUCCUGUGUGUAGUGUUCUGGGUUAAUAGGUGUUCUGUUUAUCCUGAGGAGCAUGUAUUUGAAACUGAAAUAUUUAUUCAAUGUUGGGUGGUUGGAUGAGCUCUGGAUAACAGUGCUUCUUUAUGUGGGUUUCUGUAGAUGGGAAAUUCAUGUUGGUCAUCAUUUCUUGUAGUUGUAAAGUCCAGGAAAUUUAGUUUCUUUUUUUCCUGUGUCCAUUGUGAAGUGGAUUUGUGGGUGCACCGUGUUGAUGUUACUGUGUAGCUCUUCUAUCCUGUUGAUUGUUUCGUCUAUGAGAGAGAUUAUGCCAUUCAGAUAUCAGAAAGAAAGGCAACAAUUGUGAAAACAUGCUGUGAUGUAUAAUAAAUAAGGUAUUCCGAAAUUAUUCACUGAAAACAAUAUUUGGAACCAAGCAGUACACAUAUAAAACAAUAUUUUAUACGUAUGCUAUUUCCACAUGUUUUAGAGUCAGAGAACCCAUUGAUGAUGGCAAUAUCUUUGUUGCUGAAACUACUUUGGGAGCAAUAAGUAAAUAACAAAAGUGUUUUGCAGCAUGGCAGACCCACAAUCCCAUAUUGUUAUUUUCAUAUGCAAAUAUAGACCAGUGGAAAAGUUUCAAGAUAAAAUUAUUAUAAGCACAUGAACUUUAUUGUGAAAAUUGAUGAUUGUUAUGUAAUAAGAUUUUAGAUCUUACUGAACUAUGACAAUUUAAUGUCAUAAAUGUGAGUUUAUUUUUGUUGGUGUUAGUAUUUGUUUCCCAAAUGCCCAUUGAUCCACUCAGGCUAAUGUAACAAUGAAACUAAUAGAAACUGGAUAGAUAGAAAAAUCUACUCACUAAGCAGUGGCAGGAACACACACACACACACACACACACACACACACACACACACACACACACACACACACACACACACACUCUUAACUUACACAGGUUUUCCGAGCCAGUGGCUCCUUCUUCCGGCAGAAGAGUUGGAAGGGGAGGAAGAGGUGUGAAGGAAAAGGAUGGGAGAGGCUUAGGAAAAGUGGUACAGUUUGGAAAAGUCACCAAGAGGCCUGUGUCAGGGGAGACUUACUGGACAGGAUGAGGAGGAAAGACCUAUUUCUUUUUCAUCCCAACCGGUAAAUUUCCUCUGACGCUAGGUUCUGGGUGACUUCUGAACUGAACCCCUUUUCCUAAAUCUCUACAGUCCUUUUCCUUCACCCCUCUUCCUUCACCUUAAACUCUUCUGCCAGAAGAAGGAACCACUGGCUCAAACCUUUGUGUGUGUGUGUGUGUGUGUGUGUGUGUGUGUGUGUGUGUGUGUGUGAGUGUGAGUGUGUGUUCUCCUGCCACCACUUGGUGAAUAGAUUUUUAUAUUUAUCCAGUUACAUUAAAUUGAUCCUCUCAGGUGUUUUUAAUAAGAUAUAUUCUUGAUGCAAGCAGGCAGGUAAUUUCAUGAGUGUCAUGUUGAUAUUGUUUCUGUAGUUGAAUGAUUUCAUCCAUCCUUUUAGCCAGCUGAUAGUACAUCCAUUACAGUUUAAAUAUCAAAUUUCAUUCUGUCCUCAAUAUACAAUUUCAGUCCUAUGCACUGUAUAUAAGCAAACACAGAAGGUGAAAACUGAAGUCUCUCAUGUGCUAAUGUCAAAAGUCUCUCAUGUACUAAUUAGUAACUAAGUAUGUAAAACAUUCUCUCUCUCUCUCUCUCUCUCUCUCUCUCUCUCUCUCUCUCUCACACACACACACACACACACACACACACACACACACACACACACACACACACACAGAGUGAGUGAGUGAGUGAGUGUGUGUGUGUGUGUGUGUGUGAGAGAGAGAGAGAGAGAGAGAGAGAGAGAGAGAGAGAGAGAGUGAGAGAUCCGGUGACAGUGGAGUAAAUUAUAUUCUUCAUACUUCAGUGUCUUUCUGGUGUUUUGUCAUAGCAAUAGCUUGUUUAAAAUUUUAUGUGUAGAAGUACAGUAAUAGCUCAAUAUGUCCUGUAAUUGAUCACAAAUUACUUAGCUGAGACAACUUUUCGUGUUUCAUAUUUUUUAUUUAAUAUUCUAUUUCAUAAAUGCUAGAACACGGUUCUCACCUUGUGUUAAAAUUAAAGCAGCUUUACUACUCGAGAAGUCAUGAAAUGGUUACUGUUAAGUUUGCUCAAGAAUUUAUCAUAAAUUCUAAUAAUAUGUUCAUUGGGAAGUAAUUGUAACACCCGUGUAUGAUACAAGCUCCAAAAUAAACUACAUGCAAACUUAAAACAUAUUUUAAAAGUCAAAGGGACCACACUCAUUAAUUAAAACUGUUUUCUGAGUGCCCUGUGGAACAACCAAAAAGUAAAUGAUGAGCACAAUUGAGCCAUCAGCUAACUAAUGUGUGCUGGUAAUAGGUGAGAGCUAAGCAAUAACAUAUGUAUAGAAUAUCAUUCUUAAUACUUUGACAACAAAAUCCUAUACAGUUCAUCCAGUUCCCACAUUUGACUCAGGUUGCACACUUAUUUAGUUGAUGCACUUCUUUCAAAUUUAUUUUAAAUAAUAACAAAUGCUUCACAUUGGUUGUAAAUGCAGGUAUGUAGUCUGUUAGCCUAUGAACUUCAUUCCAUUGGCAACAAUGUAAUGAUGUAGUCAUUUGCCAUCUGUUUUAUUAAUGCCAUGGUCAGCUAUCAGAAAGUUGCUUUGAACACCACAGUGCACUAUUGGGUAUGAACUUGUUGGUAUACUGUAGCUUUCCUCACUCUGCCUCAUUGUGUACUGUUCUGGCAGAGUUUUUAAACAUAGGAAUAUGGAAAUUAUAAAUUAAUGUUUGUUAUUGCAAUAAGAAUGUAACUGCCACUUGAUUUAUUUGUUUGUUGAUACACAAUAACUGUAGAGCUCAUCCAUAUUUGAUAAUGAACACCACUGACUUAAAAAAAAGUCUCUUAUGAUCUGUGUUGUAGUAAGUCAUGAUGACUUGUACUUAAAUUAAUAGAAAAGCAUUUUUGAUCUCUUUGCACUCUUUCACAGUGGCUGUUAACUGUAUUUUUUUGUCACACUUGAAUUUUGAUGUAAGUUAGAAUUGCCAUGUGUACAAAGAUUAGCUGUACCUCAUAGUAGUUAGUUGCAACCUGCUUAAGAUAUUUCACUUAGUUGUUGGCCUGUUUGUGUAAUAAAAAGCCACUUCAUUAUCGUGUUAUUAAUUGAAAUUUCACUUAGUGAUUUAUAAUAUGCACAAUUCUGCUAAAUAUUUUUGUGAUAUGCUGUUGAAAUGUGUGUACUUGUGAUGUUCUUUUAUUGGUGUUGUGUAUGACUGCUUCUAGAAUGCGCAGCUUCACACGUGUGAAUCUAAAGAAAACAAAAUUAUUUUAUGUGAGAAGUAAACACAUUAGUAAAAAUAUAUGCAGAUGCAUAAUUUCUUUCAAAAUUAAUCUGCCAUUCUAAUAAUUCAUUUUAAUACAUUACUAUAACUGUUUUUGUGAUCUGAUCACAUUCAGGCAUCUUUAUAUAAAGUUAUUCUAUGCCCUAUUAGUAUGAUGAUGUCUGAGAACCUUAAAGUUACUAUAAAAUUGGCACGAGAUUGUAGUUAAAGAGCACGACUUGAUAACUAAUGCUUUUUUAAAAAUGUAAUUUCACUUAUUGAGAUUGUGCUCCAGAGUUACUGUAGAGAAUGGGGUGCACAUACUCCAGACCCAGUCAGGAUGUGAAUAAUGAGCUUUUAUUGAUGAAAGUAUACUACAGAUAUUGCUAUUUUCAUAAAACUUUAGGACUUCUCUAAAGAGCAUGUAUUAUUAUGUUUAUUAAAAAGAAAAGAAAUCUUCCUAUACGAUUAAGAUAGUGCCAAAGCUAGGACAGCGUUAUUAGAAAAGCAAAGAGCUUAAUUUUGUAUGUAGGAAAAUUCCUAUUUGUAAAUAGGUCUUAGUGAUUUCCAUUUAAUUUUUUUAAUACAUUCAGUCUGUAAUUCAUUUGAUAUAUGUUAACAAAUGACUUGUUUGUUACAGCCAUUUUUGAGAAUAAAUUUUCAAAAUGCACCAGCAGAUACUUUUCAUCUGCACAGUCAAAAUAUGUUUUAUUUGUUUGGCAGAGGAAGAAAAUCAGUUCAUCUUGCAGAAGCCUUUGUGCUAACAGAUUCUGUGACGUUUUGUUGCUGUUAUUCAUCUUUUACAUCAUAACUUAGAAUGUUUAUCGGAUGUAUAAUGUCGCCAUUUGAAAUCUAUUGUAUAUGUGAAACCAGGAGGUGUCUUUUCAUACAUUUUUGGAGUACAGUACCCUUCAUUUGCCUGAGGGAAAUUUGUUCCUGUUUCACUAGUUUUUGUUUUGUUACUAAAAUAUUUGGGAAUAAGUAGCGUAAUAUUUGUUUUAAUUAAGUCAUAUUUCAUAAGUUUGUUUUUUAUUUUUUGAAAUACGUAUUGUGUCAGCUGGUAGAUAUAACCUCACAGAAUUAAGUGUUUUGCUAUUAUAUUUUAUGAUCUUGGUGAAAAAAGGUGUAGAAACAUCAUUUCAUAUUGACAGUCUCACAGGUUCUUUUGAGUAAUGGCCAAAUCACAAAUUAUGGAAGUAUGGAAGCCUAGGUGCUAAAUAAGGUCUCAAACUGCAGCACUUUUUGUAUUAUGCACCAGACAGUGUUGUUCAAACUACAAACCUACAAGAAAAAACAGAAUGGGGAGCGGGGUGUGGAGGGGGAGGAGUGGGAUGAGACACAGAGGUUCCUCGCCUCCCUCUGUUUCACUCUCUUUCUUUCGCUUCACUCUCCCAAUUCUCUGUCUCAUUCGUAUGGAACAAAGGUUUCUUCCAAGUGUAUUUUUUUCUGUCUCUGGGUAUAUUUUUUUGUCUAUAUCUUGACUAGUCUCUUCUUUCCCUGAAAAACAAAUUAAUUAAGGAACUUUAAUCACAUUAGUUUGUGUGUGUGUGUGGGGGGGGAUUUUGUAUGUAUGUAUGUAUGUAUGUAUGUGUGUGUGCGUGCAUGUAUCUGUGUUAUGCCGCAGAUGUGUAAAUUAUUACACAUACAAAUCUCAUUUCAUAUCCAUUUUCAGUAUGUCGCUCUUAUAUAAUUAGACUAAUACAUAAAUGCAUUUUUUAAAUAGAGAAACACUUAAGUGUCUCCUGAGCAGAUAUGUUGUAAGUUAAUGCUAUGUGCAGAUGAAUGUAAGAAGUAUUCAGUGGCAAAUGAAAAAUAUUGUAGUCGAGGGUUACAGUUCAUUUCAGAACUUGACAGUGUAUAGUAUUUUAUGUCAUUAAGAUAUGAUAAUGGUGGUUAUUAUUGCUACUGUUCUCACCACCACAAUCAAAAUCAUGAUCAUCAUCAUUAUUAGUGUUGAAUUAAUAUGGUUAGUUGAUCUUUGUUUUCUGUAGUUCCAUGUAGAAAGUAAGUAAUAUAAUACAGGUAACAUAAUGCCUGUAGGAAAAUUCUAAGGUGUAUGAUGGACUGUAAAAACUUAUAACAGUGUACCUGGCUUUUACUAUGUGAGAUUAUCAAAAACUGUAAUUUAUGAACCAUUAUAGAAGAUAUGUUCUGCAGAUUAUUUAUAGUACUAGAAAACUGGUAGUAAUACCCAUAAAGAGAGUUUUUCAAUGCAGUUGUUUGUAAUAUAAAUAUAUCUUUCAUUAUUGCUGUAAAUUUUUUUUUUUUACAAAGGCAAAGUUCAUGCAUUUAAUUAUUUUGUGCUGUUCGUGACAUUUCACUCAGGUCAAUAGCAUUUCAAAUGAAAUCUAGUUUGUAAUAAUGCAUGUUAUUUUAUUCAUUACUUCUGUUUAUUUUGUUUGUGUUUGUGUGGUGGAUGAGGUUAUCUUAAUUCUUUUAAUUCGUUAUGUCAUUCUCUCUCUCUCUCUCUCUCUCUCUCUCUCUCUCUCUCGUGUGUGUGUGUGUGUGUGUGUGUGUGUGUGUGUGUGUGUGUGUGUGUGUGUGUGUGUGUGUGUGUGUGUGCGUGCGUGCGUGCGUGCGUGCGUGCGUGAGAGAGAGAGAGAGAGAGAGAGAGAGAGAGAGAGAGAGAUUAAAAUACUACAAGCUGUAAUGAGUUUUCAGGUGAGGCAGAUAAUAGCCUAAAUGAUUAUAUUUUGUUGUAUCAGUGGCGUAUGUAAACAACAAUUUAGAAGUUUAGUACCAGUGAAUAAAGGAUAACCAAAACAAAAUUUUGUAAAAUCACAGGUGAGAUAAUGAGUAAUGUGUGUGGGACUAUUUUUCAUGAAUAAAUUACAUAAUUUCAAGCUUUACUGGUUUUGCAAAUUCAAAACUCUGUUGCAGUCACUUAGUAUUUUAGGUGGGUUAGUGUAAGUAAACCACAAAAGAAAUAAAAUAAAAAUUUUUAUUGUCUUCAACUACACUAAAAUGUCCUGUAUAGAGAGUGAUGUUCAGAUAUGUAAGACUGUAUAGUCUCCAUAAAAGACCAGUAGCAUAAAAGAUGUUUGAAAAUUAAAUAGCAUUUGUUGUCCAAAAGCAUUUCAUUUGGACAGAGCAUCUUGUCAUUAUAUUUUGGAAAUUUGAUAGGUUUUGAUUAUUUUAAUGCAUUUUACUUACCUAUAAAUAUCAUAAGUGGCAAUUAUACACUUACACAUUUUACGUUGCUGUCCAUAUAGAGAUAUUUCAUGUGGUUUGUCUCAUAGCUCGUCAAGUGAUGUGGUAAUGUGAGCUUGGGUAAUGUCAUCCUACCUAAGGUAAUGACCUAUCCUCCUGGAGUUUUGUGUGGAAGUUGUCUCAUUAACAUGACGUCACCAGACUGCAUGUAUCCUCUUCCAGGCAGCUGGUGGAUAUAGGAUACUAAAGUAGUUCAUGUUUCACUUGGCAUAGUAGUAUUUCUGGCACAGCUAGCUUUGUUCAGUAGUAAGUGUUGAUUGUUUUUACAGGUGCACAAGUGGUACUGAAUUACUGCACCUUUUGAAUAAGUUUUUGAAUUGGUAAAGAGGUGAAGUGCUAAUAGGACCUAUCAGUGAAAGAGCUGGACACUGGAGUUCCUAACCUUCACUUUUGAACCCUGUUUCUCUUUGGUUUAGUGUACUACUGUGGGUAUUGUUCUUGGCUGUCACCAACAGCGAGUUGUCUAAGUGACACGUGAAGCUGAAACUGGCAUUAGAAAUUUCAGCAGAUUCACCACUCAUCCAACUUAAUUUUCAUUUGCAAGUAUAAACUCUGAAUUGUAUUAGUGUUGGCAAAUCAAUGUACUUUUGUGUUACAGCAUUCCAGUUUCACUCUGAAACGAGCACAUAAGUGUGUUUUCUCAUCUUUGUAAAUAGUUCCCAAAAACAAUAUUUUUUCUUUAUAUAACAAUAUUGAAACACAGUGAGUAAUUAACUUUUUAUUAUUGUUAUUAUUCUGUCUCAGAUUUUCUGUAGGUUGAUUCUUUUUUACAUUACAUACAGAUUGAUGAUGAGGUGCUUAAAUCAAGGUACGAAAUUUAUGAUUUCAUAAACCUGGACUUUGAAAUUAGUGCUGGCUAAAAAAAUUGGUUUGCUUCUAUUCCAUUGAUGAGUGAAAAACACAAAAACACGUUGGACAUAAGUUCAACAAUUUGACCAGUUCAUUAAUGAGCUUGUCUGUGAGGUAGCUAGCAUCUGGUCGUUGUGUGUAAUGCACAUCUGUAUCUUAAUUACAGGACCAUUAUAAUUAAUGUUGGUCUCUCAACAUUUUUUCUAGAGGCAGAAAUUUUACACUGUUUCAUUCAGAGUCUUCAACUUCAAAUAACUGAAUUGAACUGGCUGCCUUCUCUUUUAUAAUUUUUUUUGAUGAUUCCUUCUAAAUCACCUUUUUUUCCAAGCUCGGUGUUUAAUGGGAUAUACAUAGAUUUUGUUGGUAGAGAGAACAAAACUGCUGGAAGGAUCUGGAAAACUCUGUUGACUUCUAUUGAACUAUUAUUAUAUGAGGAUGUAGUUACUUUUUGCUCAGGAAGUAAGGAACAAUAUUUUCAAUGAGAGACAGCAAAACAAACAAUUUAAGAACAAUGUGAUACAUAUUUUUUUCCUAACAAGGAAAGAAAAUUAUUGGUUCUUAACAGUUGUAUAAAAAACAUAUUUUUACUGCAAUUAAAAUCAAAGUAACUCAUAAAAAUUGUUGCUUCCCCACAGAAAGACCACGCUUUUGGUCUCAGAUAAAGUAUCAUGCACUUUUAAAGGAAGAAUUCAUGAACUUAUAUAAACUUCUCCAAGUAUGCUUACCAGGUAAAAUAUACUAGAACCCACAUCUCCUGUAUUUCCCCUGGCCAAUCGCUGAUUUUCUGGAUGCCCCCUACAAUGGAAUGCCAAGUGGAACAUACUCGUAGAAAAUUCUCAAUUAUUCACCAGCUAAUUUCAUCUACUAACAAGUUCUAAUUAUAAUAUCUUGUUUGGAUGAAGAAACUUAGUAUGUGUGGACUAGUUCUUGAAGUACCUUACCAGCCUUCUUUACUACGCCAUGCCAGUCAUGAUUAAUAAGCAUUUUUAUUCGAAAGUAAUUAGGAUUUAUCCUCAUGUCUAUAAUCAUCUUGGUUCCACUUUUGUAUCCGUUCAAGUGCACAACAUUGUAUCUGUCCUGCUUUAGUUCCUAAAUCCUCCACUACCACAAUUUGAUGUUUAGUCACUAAUCAGCACUUUACAGCCAUAGGCAGCUGAAUUUUGCAAGGAACAAAUUUUAUGAAUCAAAUAGUACAUGAAAUACUUAUAAUUUUCCUGACUUAAUAGCGUUUGUUUAGUAGAUGCUGGUAUAUUAAAUUAGUCAUAGGAAAGUAUAAGCUCUGUAUUUGUAAAAUUGUUGUCUAAAAAUAUUUUGUAAUAUUUGAUUACUGAUUAGUGUACUAUUUUACUACCCAAGUCUCUUAAGUUAAUGAAAAUUUAACAGUACAAGGCUUUCAGGAGGAAGUAUUAAACUAUUUUGCAAUAAAAAGUAAUGAAAAGAGAUAGUGGUAAUACAUUUUGUAAGACACAUUUGUAUUUAAUGUUAUUGUAUGCAAGUAAUAAAAUUAAUGGUAACAAAAUAAUUUCUACCAUUUACUUUGACAACUGAA